AUGUUGCAAUUUUAUUAGGUAUAUAAUUUUCAUAAUCAAAGAUUUUGAAAAAUAAAAAUGGAAGAGUAAUAGUAGAAUUAGAUGAAUAAUUAAUGGAAGUAAUAAUAAAUGAUUAUUCCUUACAUCAAUAAAUAAAAAAUGAAACAUAAUAAACUCAAUUAGAUGAAUAAAAAUUUCAAAGAAGAAUUGUUCCCUUCUUCUUAAACUAAUUUAUGCAUUGGGCAAAAUAAAUGGAUUAUAAGUAAGUAGAAUGUUACUUGAAAGUAAUUCAUAAUCGUAAAACUUCAAAAUAAUAAAAAUGGGAAUUAGGAGAUUUACAAAAAAUAUUUGGCCCAAUUAAUUCAAGAACCAGAUGUAUAUAGAUUGAAACUUAAUAAAGAUGGAAAGAAUUUUUAGAUUAAUAAGCUGAAAUGACUGUUAUAAUGAAUAAUAAAAUAAAAGAUUAACAAACUAAAAGGAAAUAUAUAGAUGCAAUACCUUAAUUAAAAUAAGAACUUGAUAAAAAAAAUCCUUAUCAUAGAUUUUUAAGCAUCUCAUUUAACCCUAAAAUUGAUUACAAAAUAAGCACAGAAACCUGUCUUGAUGAACACAAUCAAAAAGAUUUUGAGUGUUUUAUUGAGAAUUCAGAUUAAGAAUAAGAUAGACUUUUCACUUCCUUUAUCGAAGACGAUAAAGAAUCUAUUUGA